UUAUGCGAAUGUGCGGCGCCAUUUGAUUGUAUUUAUUUACCUUGUGGGGUAGCUAGCUAGCUUGGUCAGCUAGAGCAGAGUCACAGCUGUCAUUCAUGCAGUUCAAUUACAGCUAAAGUCAUCUAAUGCUAGGUGUUUUUAACGCGUUUUUUUAAGCUAGUAACAUGUCACGAGAGGGAAUGCUUCUGGACUCAGCGCCGGCAGACCAGUUACAGAGCUACGGCAAGGAGAAAAAGAGCAGAAGUCGUCUCGGUGUCAUCGUCACGGGGGUGCUGGGAGGGUCGCUGGUCGCCCUGUAUGCAGUAGCUGCCCCGUUCGUCGCUCCUGCCCUGAGAAAGGUCUGUCUCCCGUUUGUCCCAGCCACCACAGCUCAGGUGGAGAAUGUCCUCGGGGUGCUGCGAGCCAGAUCAGGGACACUCGUCGACAUUGGGAGUGGAGAUGGAAGGAUAGUGAUAGCAGCAGCCAAGCAUGGGUUUCAAGCCUCUGGCUUUGAGUUGAACCCUUGGCUGGUGUGGUAUUCUCGCUACAAGGCCUUGAGAGAGGGAGUCCACCGCUCCACCUCCUUCUACAUCUCUGACUUGUGGAAGGUCAGUUUUGCUCAGUACUCCAAUGUUGUCAUAUUUGGAGUCCCUCAAAUGAUGGACCAGCUGGAGCUGAAGCUGGCAAGCGAGUUGCCGUGUACAGCCAAGGUGGUGGCCUGUCGCUUUCCCUUCCCUACUUGGGUCCCUGAAAAUACCGCGGGGGAGGGCAUAGACACUGUGUGGGUGUACGAUGCCAAGGCAUUUAAAUCACACCUGCAACAUGACAGGGAAGACAAAACCAGAACAUGAGAACAUGAGAACACACCAGAUUCUCACACAUAAAUGCCAAUUCUGUGUUGCAACUCUGGGAUGGUGUUAUUUUUUCCCCAUGCGGUGCUACUCUGAGAUGGACCUAAAAUUGCUUGGGUGUUGGGCUCUUUUUUUUUUUAUGUGCUAUGACGUGUUCAGAUCAACGUUGCAUUAUAUGUCAUUUAGCUGACGCUAUUUAUCCAAAGCAACUUAGAAUUGCUAUGUAUGUUAGAGGUUGCACAGCUCUGGAACAACUAGGGGUAACGUGUCUUUCUCAUGGACACAAUGGUUGGUAUUGCAGUAGGAAUCAAACUUAGGUCUCCCUCACGUAAGUGCCACUGCGCCAUCACCACCCCCACAACAUCAAAGAUCUUUGAUUAAUUAUCUUGAAACACUUGAACUGUGAAAUGGAGCAAAGUUGGAAAAAACAACUAAGUGACACUGGCCUUGGGGAGUGGUUACACUCAUGUUAAAACCAGACCAGGGAUUAAAGAGAAAAUAAAUGGUUAUGAAUUGAGCAAUCUCAUUUUCUUAUUGGAAGAAGUGGUACUGGCCAUUCAUGAUUGCAUAACUUGAUUCUUUGUAAAACGUUCAAUUGUAUUUAUCCCUUCCAGACAGACAGAGGUGCAAAGUGGGCCGUGGCUGGCAAGACAGAAGAUUGUUCACUAUAAUAUUUUGUAUGGUACUAUGUACAGAAAACUCCUGCACUGUGUUCUAUUUUGAGGCUUGUGUAUUUAUAAAUAAAAUAAGCAUUUAGUUGUCAA